GAGAGGCUGGGCUGAGUUGGGUUGCACGAUCGCCCCGGAGGAAGCGGCCAUGGCGGCGGGGCAGCGGCCACUCGCUUCCGCCUGUAGCGGCCGCUCUUUCCGACAGUGAGAGAAAAACGGCCGGGUCUCAGGGACAGGAAUGGCGGCGGUCCCGCGGCUGGGGCCGCUGUUCUGGCUGCUGCUGGCCGCGGCCUUCGCUGCCCCCGAGCAAGAAGCCGGCCGCGAGCGAGACUUCCCACCUCACCAGGAGCAGCAGAAGCCGCCGCCGCCGCCGCACCAGCAGCCCGGGCUGCAAGGGCCGGAGCCGCCCCGGGCUGAGAAAGGACCUACCCUUGUUGUUCCCGUCCAUUCUAUUAGUGGAGAUUCUUCAGAUAAAACUAACCUAGGAUUUAUCCAUGCAUUUGUGGCUGCAAUUUCUGUCAUCAUUGUUUCAGAACUGGGCGAUAAAACCUUCUUCAUUGCUGCUAUUAUGGCAAUGCGUUACAAUCGCUUAACAGUGUUGGCUGGUGCAAUGCUGGCCUUAGGGCUGAUGACGUGUCUAUCUGUUUUAUUUGGUUAUGCUACCACUGUAAUUCCCAGAAUAUAUACCUACUAUGUGUCAACAGCACUCUUUGCAAUUUUUGGUAUCCGAAUGCUUCGAGAAGGCUUGAAGAUGAGCGCAGAUGAAGGUCAGGAAGAAUUAGAGGAAGUACAAGCAGAACUCAAAAAGAAAGAUGAAGAACUCCAGAGAAUGAAACUCUUAAAUGGGCCCGGAGAUAUGGAAGCGGGUACGGGCCCUGUAAUACCUCAAAAGAAAUGGCUGCAUUUUAUUUCUCCAAUUUUUGUGCAAGCAUUCACUUUAACAUUCCUAGCUGAAUGGGGUGACCGUUCUCAGUUGACCACCAUUGUUCUGGCAGCAAGAGAGAACCCCUACGGUGUGGCAGUGGGUGGAACAGUUGGUCAUAGUUUGUGUACUGGCUUAGCAGUGAUUGGAGGAAGAAUGAUAGCACAAAAAAUCUCCGUUCGAACUGUGACAAUCAUAGGAGGCAUUGUUUUCUUAGCAUUUGCGUUCUCUGCAUUAUUUAUAAGCCCAGAUGUUGGAUUUUAGCAGGAGUAUUUUUUUUUCCUUUUCCUUGAAAUACAAGAAUUGGAAUCAUUUGGCUUCCUGUAUAUAAUGUACAGCUACUUAUUCAAACAAGCACUGAAGGUGGGAUGCUGUAAUUUUUAUAGUAACAAUUAGUUUGGUAUGUUUUGUAGAUACAGUCUCUGCUGGACAAUAACAUGAUCUAUAUAUUUGGGAUAUGAAUAAUGUACAUUUUAUUUUAGUUAUUUUGCUGGCAGAUGUCCAAAAAACACUGCUUGACAGCCCCCUUUGAUUUUAUUUCUCAAGUACAUGGUUCCACAAUCAGAAAUGAAGAGCUAUGCCAACAAUUAAGUCAUCUACUCAAGACUGUGGACUUGUGGAAAAAUCAGGAUACUUUGAUAGAGAACGUGCUAAUUCAGAAACGGUCUCAAAAUACACAAUCCAUCUAGAUAUUUACAGAUCAAUUUUUGUAUUUUACUGAACAUUUGAUGCCUUUUCAGAUUAAAAUAUUCUUAAAAGCGA